GGAGGCGGGGAGGAAGGAGCGGGGGGGCAGGGCUUAAAGCCUGGCGGAAAAGAUUUGUUUGGCUGCCUGAAAAACUAUUGAAUAACUUUGUUGAGUCACAUGGCCCGACUGCACUCCGAGUUUAAAAAGUGUCCUAGCCUUGAAGGGGACCAGUGGCGCGCUGGUGUUCAUCCAAAACGCACACCGUGAUGGAUUAGUGCGCACUGGGACUGUGUGCAAACCCUGUUUGUCAGCAGAUGUCCAUGAGGUGACAGCAGCUCGUACCCUCAGCACAACAAACCAUGGCGAGCGGCAACGAGACAGUUGUUUACUUCUCGGAGCAGGUGGUCGUGCUGUGCUCCUGCGCGCUCUCCUUCCUGGGCUCGUCCCUGAUCAUCCUCACCUACGUCCUGUGGGCAGAUUUACGCACCACUCCCCGCAGGCUGCUGGUCUUCCUCUCCAUGUCGGACUGGCUCUCCGCCGUCUCGUACGCCUUCGGAGUGUGGAGGUCUUUCCGCAGCGACUCCCUGGACUGCGUCGUACAAGGAGCCGUGUCCACCUUCGCCAACACCAGCUCCUUCUUCUGGACCGUGGCCAUCGCCGUCUACCUGUACGUGUUCAUCGUCAAGUCCAGUCAGAGGGUCGCGGACAGCCUGGUGCUCGUCUUCCACCUGGUCAGCUGGGGAGUUCCACUGAUCAUCACUGUUGCAGCCGUUUGCCUGAACAAGAUCGGCUACGAUGCGUCCGAGGUGUCGGUGGGCUGGUGCUGGGUCAGAAUCCAUGCCCCGGACCGGGUCCUGUGGAUGCUGCUGACGGGAAAGAUCUGGGAGUUCCUGGCAUACCUCACCCUCCCUUUCCUCUACAUUCUGAUCAAGAGGCACAUCCACAUUGCGCACGCAGCCCUGUCAGAGUACCGUCCCAUAUUGGCCAACAGGCCUCCAUCCAACUCCUUCUCCUCCAUGGCUGACAGGAAGCUAACGCUCAUCCCUAUUAUCUUCAUCGUCCUGCGGAUUUGGAGCACCGUGCGCUUCAUACUGCUGCUGGUGGGAUCUUCAGCCAGACAGAAUCCAGUGCUGGUCACUCUACAUGGUAUUGGCAACACGUCGCAGGGAGCAGCAAACUGCAUCAUGUUUGUGUUGUUUACUCGACCAAUCCGCACACGCCUGUGCUCUGCGCUCUGCUGCUGCUGCUCCCGGUGUCGAGCAGAGGUGAAGCGCUCACAUGACCCCUCUCAAAGGCUGCUGCCAGACCAGGAGGCCUCCACACAGAGAGAGGAGGACAACACUAGCAAAGCCGAGAAUCAAACAUGAUACUUGAUUCUGUGGACGAGAGGACGGACACAGGUUGAUAUAAAGAAGGUAGUGGGUGGCCUCGCCCACGCUUCACACUGAAACUCAUUAGAAACGAGCGCCUGCAGAGCGGGCUGGGGAUUCUGCAGGCGCACACACGUGUGUCACAUGGCUGCACUUUGGGUGAUUAGGAGGAGGCUGAUGUGAUGACUGUGCACCAGCAUUUUAGUUCCUCCUCCACAUGAAUUUUGUUCUGUACAUCAAACUUUAUGUUGAAGUUUUUCUUUGUUUAUUUUGUCUUUUUGCAUAUUUUAAGAAAAAUGGUUCACAUCUUCCACACAUCACUGAGGUUUCAAUUGUUGUGUUUAUGAAGUCAAUUAGAUUUAAGAGAUAAGCAAAAAAAAAUAAACCAAAGCAUUAUCAGUUAAUGUGAUUAACAUACUGUAAAUUUAUUUCAACUUUUUAUCGUCACUGAUUGAAUUUGUAUUUUAUGUGCGCUCAGUCCCAAAUAUUUCUAAAUGCACUGCUUCUGACAGAGCGUUGGAGCUUUAAAUGUCCUACAAGGAACUUUUCAUUUUCCUUGAUUUUACUCUUUGGUCAAAAGCGGAAGUGUUUCCUCUGUCAUCUGCCAUAAAAACCUCAGUCCAGACUGUCUGCAUAUGUUUCGAAAGGAGUGAAAAAAAGACACACAUGUAUUGAGUUCAGGACACACACCAAGAAAACACUGUGACACCGCAACAUGAAACAACUGCAACAGUUUACAUUCUCUCACUGUCUUCCCCUUUCCUCUUAUUUUGGCCAAAUGGAACAUCCCACCUGAGACAAUACCAAGUCACUCAAUGUAUAGGGGCACACCAUUACACACAACUGUUUGCAAGAUGCAUUGCGAUGAGUUAAUGUAUCGUAAUUCUUCUUCUGAUCUCAAUAGACAUAGAAAAAGACAAAUUUCUCCCUGAUUGUCUCAUUUGCUGUUGUAGAUCAUAAAGAGGCAGCAAUAUUAAAAUAAGACAGUUUCAUAACCAAUGUCAAUGCAGUGUAUACAAAACGGUGAGUGUUUGAAAGAAAAGAUACAAGUAUCAGGUGAAGUGUGUAGAGGAAAACAAUGCUGCUGGUGUGAUUCAACAGGUUUCUAUGAAUGUUUUUACCCCAAAAACCAUCUGAUUUAAUUAGAACUACAAUGAACUCAAGCUGCAGUUUAGUUUUACACUCAUCUUUUCGACCAAGAUAUUCAAAAUAUGAAGUUAAAAUCUGACGGAUCUCACUCAACUUAACAUUAAUAUUAGAAUAAUUUUUCCAAUAUAUAUCCAGUUUGACUUUGGGUGUGUGCAAAGGUUUUUUUGUGUGAAACAUCUGACAAUCUCUUUAAAAUACAGUCAAAGAUAUAUAUAUAAGCACCUUUUUCUGUCAGUUCACUCAAAUAUAUGAACCACAGUUGUAUUAUAAUAUAUAAAAC